AUGAGCCUCAGAGAAAGGGAGUACCGCUACUAUUACGAAGACGACGACGACGAAGACGACGACCAAGAAAUAAUCUCGCCUCUGUCCGGAACCCGAUCUUCAAACGCCGGUAGCUACUCUAUCAAACGCUACGUCAUUGUGCCCGACUCGCAGCCCCGUUCCCGCCGGCGCGAUUCUGGAAGCGAGCGGUUGCCCCGCCGCCUUAACACAAUGGAACGUCGCCAGGAGUAUGAAUAUGUCGACAUCGACCACGACUCUAAUGAGUAUCGCACCGCCUAUCGGGGGUCAGCUACUUACUCCCCCCACGAUGACCACGAAUAUCAGAUCGUCCGUCACAGUGCUGAUGACAUAGAAGAUCGUACCGUGGUCCAUCGUGCACCCCACGAAGAUGACUACUGGUACGAACGUCGCAUUCGUGAGUACGACAGCGGUCCUCGAGACCACGACGACCACUACUCAGAUCGCUAUUCCGAUAGUCGGUCUAGUAUAGGACACCAUCGCCAUCGCCAUCGUCGCGAUCGUGAAUAUGGUAGCGACGACGAGCAUGACCACCGCCGUCGACAUAUGGCUGAGGGUGCGCUCGCUGGUGUAGGCGCCGCAGAGCUGUGGCGCCGCAACAGCAGAAAGGAUAAAGAAAAGGAACACUCUGGCACCCUUUCACGUAUAACCACGGACCUGGGUGCGGGUGCCGUCGGCGCAUACGCUGUGGAAGCUAUAUCCAAGCAUCGCAGCAAAUCCCGCCGCCGCGCAGACUCGCUCGACCGUGGUCGUGAUCGUGAGCACUACCGUCAUAGGCACCGCUACCACAGCAGACAUCAUCGCAGCCGGUCUCGUCAUGGCCGCAGCCGUUCACGCCAUCACCGUUCUCGCUCCUCCUCGUCCCAUUCGCAUACCAAGGCAAUGGCUGGCCUUGGAAUUGGCGCUGCAGCCAUUGCUGGCGCUGUGGCCCUAGCCCAUAAACAUGCAGAAUCUAAGGCCGAGAAAGAAAAGGCUCUCAAAACCGAGAAGUAUCGCGGCCGUAAGAGCCACUCCCGUCGCCGACGUGGUCGCCGGCACUCUCAAUCCCCAUACUCCUAUUCCUCCGACAGUGGGGACUCGGAGAGGCGAAAGAAGAAAUCGGCUGAACACCGCAACAAACGCAUGGCCGAAGCUGGCCUCGCUGGUGCUACUGUAGCAGGCCUUGUCGAGCACGCUCGCAGCAAAUCACGCUCCCGCAAAGGACACCGUUCCCGUUCUCGCUCUCACAGCCGUAUAAGGCAAGGUAUUCCUAUUGCAGCUGCGGGACUGGGUAGUGCCGCCAUCGCCGCGAUGUAUGAGAGCAAUAAACAGAAGAAAGCUGACAAGAAGUACGAGAGCGAGAAAGAGGAGCGCCGUCAGUCACGCUCCAGACGUCGACGAUCUCACUCUGGUUCUUCAUACACGGACGUUGACCGUGGAAUGGGCCGGCUAAACAUCAAUGACGACCCCAGGAAUCCACAUCCCGAAUUAAUCCAAUAUGGUGGCGACCCUGUGUAUGGUCGUAUCCCAGCGGCAGACUAUUAUGGACGCCCGGAUCAGCCGCGGCUAGAGGAUUCUCCUCGCCGACGUAGGAGCCGUCAUCACUCCAGGCACGACUCAUACAGCGAUUCAAGCGAAUAUGACGGGUCUGAUAGCGACGAAAGACGCAGACGGAGAAAGGAUAGGAAGAAUAGGCGCCGUAGCCAUUCGCGCGGUGACCAUGGAAAUGGGAACUUAGCCACAGGGCUAGCCGCUGCUGGUCUUGCCGCUGGUGCAGGAUAUGCUGGGCAUGAAUAUGCAAAGCACCACCGCGAACAUAAGCGUGAUAGCGGCCGUGCUGAGCACCACAGGGACUUCCGUAAUUCAUAUGAGGAAGACUAUCCACCACAUUCUGGUCCACCGCCAGGCGCUGCUCCUUAUCAGCAUCCUCCAGCAGCACAGGAGUACUACGGCGCUCCUCCUCCACCAGGACCACCCGGAGGACCACUCGGGGGACAGGGAUUUCCACCUCCGCCUGGGCCUCCGCCAGGGCCGGGUUACUUUGCUGGCCCAGGACGACCGGGAGGGCCGUCCGGACAUAACGGGUAUACAGGAUAUAGGGGGGACGAGAAUCUAACCGGAGCAGGUGUAAAGAUUCCACAAACAUCCGACCAGAAUCAGAAACAGAACGGAUCCGGCGAAAGAGGAGUUGAUGCCAUCGGAGGUUUGGAGAGGUGGUUAUUUGCAUCACCAGCUGCAAGCCCCGUUCAAAAUAACACACGCCCAUUAUUCGAACCCCCAUCGCCACCUCCCCCCUCUCACACUCACAAGCCCAAGAAGGAUAAGGCGCCUACCCGUUCUAAAUCCGUCCAAUUUGACCUUCCCUCGUCGUGUGACGGGUAUGAAAGUGACGAUAAUGAUUCUGCUUCUGAUUCCGAUGCAACCAUCGACUAUGCUAGACGAUCCUAUUCUAGGGAUCGUCCCUCAGCGCCUCGUCCGUUACUUCUUCUACAUCCAAUGCUUCUUCUUAUGCGCCAUCCCGCCACUCGGAAAGAUAUCACAAUACCGCCCAGCCCCAGCCUUAUUCCCAGUCCAGACCACAACCUUAUCCAAACUCUCCCCGGAACCAUACCCCUGCACAUGUUAGGCGUGAAACCGACCGAGACUCUGAUUCUACCAUUGAGCUCCCUCCAAGGUUUGAUGAACAUGGCCGGCCAAUUAAUAAGCCAUUGUUAG